ACACUGGCAUCAUUUCCUCUGUGUGCGCGUGUGUGUGUGUAUGCGUGCGUACGUAUGAAACGAACUCAAGUGUUGGCAAUUCUCCUUAAUCGCAAUGAGUCAAACUGAGACAGUGACUGUACAUUUCACAAUGUAGGUGGGGCAAGCGAGACAGUCUGAGUGUCAGUUAGGUAUUUUCGUUUUGCCAGAUGCAAUAGUCGUUGCUUGACACUCAAAAUAUCCCUGGAGGGAAUUUUUUGUCCGUGUUUUGCCUCGUGGUGUCAAUUGUCAAAGAAAUUGUUUUUUUACUAGUUGAGAAGCAUUACUAGCUUAAACAUGGAUCUUUUUACCGUUGACACGGUUGGAGAGCAAAAUCUCUUAGAGCAAAACGAAUAUGAUAAUUCAAAAAUGUUAUAUUCAAGUACUAAACAUUUAGAUGAUAAAAAUGCCGCUAAACAACAAGAAGAAGACCAGAGUGAGAAAGAGACAAAUGCAGAUGAAGAGAACGAUGACAUCGAGGAUAUCGAAGAGGAUUACGAUUAUGGAGGCAUUCCACCACCGCCAAUAGAUAUCAUUAGCAUUUUGAAGAAGCCAACGCUAUUCAACAAACCGUUGUACGGCAACGAUGCGGAUAAAUCAAAGGGAAGAGGUGAAGACGAUUUAGAUGCAUUUUGCAAAGCAAUGGGUUGGACGAGUUUGAAUGGUGUUUUGCCGAAAAAACCUGAGAAGAAAACCAAACGAGGCUGGGAAAUUGAGGAUAUCGACCUAACUGAUGUACAUAAAGAUUUGACAAAGACAGAUGUUGAGAAAGAGAUGCGCAGCAGUGUACUAAAAGGCAUUGAGACCAAGAGGGAGGUGAAAGUUCUAUCCGAACGUGAAGCACAUCGACAAAGAAAGGCUGAGGCAUCAAAAACAAAGGGCAAGAACUGGUUCAAUAUGCCUGCCACAGAGGUCUCCGAUGAAUUACGCCAAGAUUUGGAAAUUAUUCAAAUGCGUUCGGUGCUAAAUCCAACACAUUUCUACAAGAAAAACGAUUUGAAAACAUUACCCAAGUACUUCCAAGUUGGUACCGUUAUGGCAUCACCGCUCGACAAAUACAAUGACCGUGGUCAACGGGUGAGCAAGAAGAAGUCUCUAGUCGACGAACUGUUGGAGGAUGCCGAAUUCCAACGGUACAACAAACGAAAAUAUCAGGAGGUGUUGGCCGAAAAGAGAAACACCGGCUUCAAAAAAGCGUACAAAAAAAUGAAAAAACUCAAAAAGAAGUCUUAAUCUAUAGGAAAAGCCAUUUUUAUUAUUUUAUAAAUAAAAAAAAUCAUGUUAUAAAUAAAUCUAAAA